AUGGCACAAAAGCAGCUUUCAUACCUUCCACCGGACAUGCUAGAGUCACAGAUAUCUAUGAUCGACCUGUUGACCGCCAUGUUCCCUUCGCCGGGAGAAGUUGAGAUCCCUGAAUCAACAUCCCAAUGUGUGGAGAAACUUCGGCAAUGGUGUGAAGAUCCCACGUUACCAAUGCCCGCGGGAAUCCCUGCCAGCAUAUACCUUACAGUCUGUUUACCAGUUGCAGACGGAGGAAAGUCCGUCCAAGUCAAUCUCUCUAUCCCUCUUCAAGCCGAAGAUACGGAAACUAUGGACCAGCCACCACCCGCAAGUUACACAUUGCGUCAGCCGGAUUGGAUGUCCAAGGCCGAGCUAGCGCAACUGACGGCCAAAAUGCCGCAAGACGAUGCCCUUGAAACGUUCGAGUACGUGCAAGAGGAGCUUAACCGUUUCUUAGAAAAGCAAAAACAACAAGAAGCGCAGGCCGCGGAAGAAAGCAAUGCGGGUUCCGGCCGGGGAGGGCCGAUAGUACGAGUCUGGUUCUAUUUCCCGUCUCUAUCGACGAGGAAGAAGAGAGAUGACAUGGUCAAUAAUGCGCCGGCAUAUUCUCUCACUGGCUUUGUACUCGCUGGGAAACCUGGUGUGCUGUGCCUAGAGGGAGCAUCAGCCGAUAUCGAUUCUUAUAUGAGUUUCAUCAAGACGCAUUCGUGGGGCGAUAUACCCAGCCACCAGAAGAAAGUCAGCGAGAGAUUCCGCGAGAAAGAUGGCGUGGAGAGAGUGUUUGAUAAUAUGGAGGAGAUUACAGACUCGCUGGGUGAGCGCGGCGGCCAGAGGGCUAACCGCGGGGAUAUGCAAGCUUUAGAGGCGUGGUUGGGCGCCAGAGGGUUACAGGAGGCAUUUGAGAAAGUUAUAUUUUGA